AUGUUCAGCGGUGGUCACGUAUUAUUGGACUUCUCGGCCAUACCCAAGUUGUAUGGGCCAGAGAAUUUUUGGCAUUGGCGCAUGCUCUUGCGUGCCUACUUGGAGUCAGCUGAUCUAUGGAAGGACGAUCAUCCAAAGGAGAGCUCUCAUGCUAAAUUCAUACUUUUGGCCACUGUGCAGGCUGAUAAGAUUGAGCCAGGAUAUGAUGAUGAGACCCCAAAGCAAAUAUUUAAAAGUCUAGAGGAACGUUUCCGCCCCUAUUAAAUGGCACUAUAAAAUAUUUAAAAUUUAAUGGGCAAUGUCUAAUAAGCAUAAUAAACAGAUUUAAUCAAA